AUGUUAGCCACUCUUAUUUUGUGCGCGCUCGGCCUUGCUGCCAGUGUAAGAUGUGAAUGCGAUGACCAUAUGGCCCAUUGCGACCUGUUAGAUGAACGCUACUGUCUCCCACCUUAUGACGUUUACGCUCGUGAAAUAUGUCCCAGCCGCUGUGGUCUAUGUGACGAAGCAAACGGUUCCCAGAAGAAGCGUGCCCAUAAUGGCGUGCCCCAAUGGGCGGCGCACUGUUGGGACCAUAGCUCCUCCCACAUCGAGGACCCGUUCUGUGCUCUCCUUACGACCACUACUACCACUACACCGGCGCCAACGACCACAACAACGCAGCCAACUACAACUACCACCGAAAUGACAACAACAACAACUGAACCUACCACUACAACAACAACAGAGCCCACAACCACAACGACUGUUCCAACUACAACAACAACAACCCUCCCCCCAACCACAACUCCAAGGGUAUGCCGAUACGAGGAGGUUAAGAGUCUGGACAUCAAGGCCACAAACUUCGGCACGGACAUGACGAUCGUUCAGAACGCCAACAUCACCCUGAACCAGUCGGUCCAUCUGUUGGGAGACUCUGUGUUCUGUCAGGGCGUGUGUGAACAAUCUUUCCUAGCUGAGGGUCCGCUCUCCGGAUAUGAGUGCUGGGCAUUUACCUUCAAUGAUAUAGACAAAUGCAGCCUGUACUACUAUACGAGUCCCCUGCAGGUGAUUGACCCAUCCAUCUUCUCUAACAACUCUGAAACCAUUCUAUACCUGAAGCGAUGCUCUGAUGACCAGUCUACAACAAUGCCGCCUACGAAGGCAACUACGACUCCGAUGCCAUCAACGACCGUAACAGACGUCACUGACGCCAUAACAGAGGGAGCUACAACCGAAAUGGCAACCACGGAAAUGACUACCACUGACGUUAUGUCCACUGAUGCCAUCACCAGCACCACAGCCGGCUCUUCACCUGCCGCAACCACAGUGACCGCGGCCUCUACCACGACAGUCGACAAUGGAAGUGGUUCAACUACAGAAGCUUCUGAAACGACAACAACACAGGCAUCAACUGCAGCCUCUACGACCGACAACGGCUCUGGAUCAACUACCGAAAGCGGCGUACCACCAACGAGGCCUCCCCCUACAGCAAGAACAACAACAGGUGCAGCAACGACAGCUGCAGCCACGACAUUGGCAGCUACAACUACCGACAACGGCGUACCACCCACGAGGCCUCCCCCUACAGCAAGAACAACAGUUGCAACAGCUACAGAUGCAGCAACGACAGAUACAUCUACAACCAUCACCGCCGCAUUCACCACGACUACAGAUUCUGCGACUACAGUCACGUCAGCUACUGCUACAACUACUGGCGCCGCCACAGUGACUACAGUUGCAGCAGCUACAUCCGCCCAGACGGGAGGAGGAUUUGGACCCAAUGUGGCAGGACCCAAUGGACUAGUUGUCGUCAGCGCAAACACAUACAAGAUAAACGGCGUGCCCUCGCCCGUCGCUGACACGUGUUUUUUCCUGAACAAUACGUUUAUGACUGGCGAGCACUGGAAGGACACGUGCAAGUAUGACUGCGAGUGUGUCGACACCUCUUCCAACACAGCCCUCUGUCAGGACGUUUGCCCGCACUACGAAUCUAUCCCCGUCGGUUGUCAGAUUGUGAAGGAUGACGGCGACUGCUGUGCGCGCCUUGAUUGCGUGAAUGGAACGGACGUCAAUUCAACUGUCAGCCCUACCGCCAAUUGUGUUGAUAAAUUGCCAACGUGUGAUUACUAUGGCGACAACGCAUGCGUAGGAUCUUUUGAACCUUGGGCAAAGGCAAACUGUGCUCUGAGAUGCGGAUUCUGCGAUUACCAGACACCAUGUCUGGACCGGCUCUCCUACUGCAGUCUCUACGAUUUGCCGAACGACUGUGUCAAUUUCGAAGGCUGGGCCCGCCACAACUGUAAAUCCAGCUGCAACCUUUGCGCUGUUCCAACCCACACUACCGCAGCUCCUUAGAGCGAAGAAUUGUACCAGUUGGGAUAUACAUUUUUUUCGUUUGUAUUUUGA